AGAGUCCGUGGCUAUGAUGGGCCCAGUUCUAGAUGAUCAUCGGGACGUGCAGCAUCGACCUCGUGCUUUUUCCUCUGCGCCAUCUCCUUCUUCCUAGAACGACCCUUCCACCCUUGACUUCAACCUCCGUCACUUCACCUCGUCCCAGAACUACGAUUAAUCAUUUUUUCGCUAAAUCCCCUUUCUUCUUUAUUUUUUUCAAUUUGCCGAAAUUUUUUCUUAAUUUUUACAUUUCCCCAUUUUUGAAAAAUUAGGCUAAAAUUAUUUUUUUCACUGCCUCCAUGGGGACUCUCGUCAGGCUAUUUCCUAUUAAUUUUAUAUACAGCGUAUACUUUUUCUAAAUCACAUUUUUUUUCUUUUUUUUUUAUCUCAUCCACUUUCAUCUCCCUCCACCUCUCAUACUAAAUCUGGACCAUCUAAUCUCCUAACCUUUAAGACUUUCCCUUUCGACUGGCUCGUACGCUCGUAACGGACCAACGCCUCCCGAUCCUCGAACCAGCCGACAGUGUCCUUCGUUCAAAUCCAUUUGACUCGUCCUGCGGAAGGACGAGGUGCUCGAGGUUCUUCGAUUAGUGUUAUACUUAUCAACACGAAAGGAAGAGCUAGUAAUGGAUUUGUAGUGUAACAUAAUCGCCAGCAUCGAAUUCCCGUAUUUUCUCACUCGCGCCAUUCCUUCAAUGAACGGUAGCAGCGUGCCAAUUGUUAACGAGAUGUCAAACAUCUAUAAUAAUUCCGUAGUUCGGUUCUACCAUCAUGUGUUCCACGAGAUAGCCGACCCUAGGACCAGAGACUGGUUUCUGAUGUCUUCUCCGGUACCCGGUGCCAGUAUAAUGAUUGGUUAUCUCUAUUUCGUCCUCUCCUGGGGACCACGGCAUAUGGAACAUCGAAAACCUUAUCAGCUCAAUAAUAUUCUAGUCCUUUAUAACUUCCUUCAGGUCAUCCUCAGCGUCUGGCUCUUUUACGAGGGCCUCGACGCCGCUUGGCUCAGGAAGUACAGCUGGAAAUGCGAACCAGUUGAUUAUUCCAAUACGCCAGAUGCCCUUAGGGUUGCUCGAGGUGUCUAUAUAUACUUCUUGGCGAAGAUAUCCGAACUCCUGGAUACUGUCUUCUUUGUCUUGCGCAAGAAGGAGAGGCAGAUCACUUUUCUCCAUAUGUAUCAUCACACUGUGAUGCCUUUGAUUUCUUGGGGUGCCACCAAGUACUAUCCUGGUGGACAUGGUACCUUCAUAGGAGUGAUAAACAGCUUCGUUCAUAUUGUUAUGUACACUUACUACCUUCUGGCCGCUAUGCUACCUCAGUACCAGAAGUACUUCUGGUGGAAGAAAUAUAUCACGACCUUGCAGAUGGGACAAUUUUGCCUCGCCUUUCUGCACAGCUUUCAGCUCUUGAUCUAUGACUGUGAAUAUCCGAGAUGGUCGCUCAUUCUCAUCUUACCCAACGUGAUGUUCUUUUAUUUCCUGUUCUCUGAUUUUUACAACAAAGCAUACAGUUACGGUAGCUCCGCGAAGAAAAUCAAACCGUCGGGACCGCCGAUGAGUUCCAGGACGCAACAGGAGCAGCAAACUAAUACAAUCCCUUCGGAGGAGGACGGGACGAAGGAACAAAACUCAAAGAGGUCGUCGAACGAAAAAAUUCAAAAUGGAAGAUCGAAGAAGGAUUAACGGAUGUCUGAACGACGGUGGCCAGUGAAACGAGAAGGCUGGAGGGGAAAAAAAGCAGAACUAAAAAAAAAGAUCAGCAAGGGAGCGAAGCGACAGGGCGUAAGACAUUACGAGAAGGUGUAUCGAUCGAGAGAGACUCGAAGUUUGUAUGGAAAAAUCGUGACGUCACGUACUGACAAGUGGCUCCAUCUUGGCCUGAGAAUCUUUCGAGAACUAACAGGAUACGUUCAGGUGACAGCGUCACUAACGAUAAGUAUCGCGCGAGCUACGUCUCUCUCAAUUUUAUCACGAGGUAGACAAAGACGUCAAGAACAAAGGGACAAGUUAGUGUAUUACGAGGAGUGUGAACACAGUUGCAAGUUCAUUCUAUAAAUCGAAGUCGAGUAACGGGCGUGCAAAUGAAUCAGGACAUGGCUUACUGUUUGGUGAAAUAAUUAAUCCUCGUCAGUAUUGACUUAAGCGUCUUACAGCCCCUUGUCAUAGAUGGCGUCACGAUUCGCGGUAACUUCGGCAGCACAUGACGUCAUAACCCCUUGUUCAAGGAAGCAGCAUAAUUUGCUCAAAGUUUCAAGCAAACUUCGAGAUCCGGGACACGCACGUUCACGUCUCGAAGAUUUGCUCGUGUACGUCUACCGAUUUUUUUUUUAAUAAUUAUUAAUUAAUCAGAUCGCUUCCAAAUGAUCAUCCGGAUCGGGGAUCGAUUAGCAUUAAGUAUCGUAUAGUUUAGUCCUGGACAUUAGUUUCUCAUAGAAUAUCAUAGGAUCGGCCGGUUUCAUCGCGUCAUGACGGAAUGUUUGGUAUAUAUACAAAUUAAUGAAAAAAAGUCAAUAUACUCGUAGCAACAAGAAAGAAAGUUAAUUUGACCAUAUGAAGUAAAAAAUUAUUAAUAUUGUUAAAUAGUGAAAGAAAAUUAACGGUCGGUCGUAUAGAUUUAUUAUACCGAAAGGGGGAGGGCUCCCGAUGAAACGAAUCAAGCCCAAAGAUCAUGGCUUUAAUGACUUUAAUGGCUUUAAUUAUCGUCCCGUGUGCGAUAUCGCUUUAGCCGAAUUCAACGAGCGGCCUAAGAAUUUUAUAUUUACUUUAGGUUAACUUCUAUCUUCCUUCUCCCUUUUAGUAAUUAUAUGCAUAGUGUAACUAGUACGUAGAUGCGUAUAAAUAUAUACAGAAUCUUUACGUGAAUUCUCGAUGACGUCGGUAAAGUAGAAAAUACGGUGUAAAUAACAGUUACGUUUAACUUUCGUUGUUGCAUAGUUUAUUCGACGUAAUAGUACUGAAAAAUAUAAUACACACAUGCUGUCGUUAAAGUUUUUGAAAUAACCCGAUACGAGUAUAAUGCAUAAUCAGCGUGUUUUCAAAAUCAAUCAAUGUUGUUAAUUGAAACGAAAAAAAAAAAAGAAAGAAAAUCUAACCAACCUAUGUUCCAUACUUCGUAAGAAAUAAUGUUAAAGUGAAAAAUAAUUAUACAUACAAUGUACAAGUGGAGCGAGAGAGUGAUAGAAUGUAAUUGUAAGUAAUUUCCGUGUGUUACGUGCAUCUGAUUAAUGGAGUGGAAGAUGGGAAAAACAAAAUUCGCUGAAUUCAACUUAGCUUCGUAUCGUAUUCACCUUUUGUAUCAUACAAUGAAUAUACAUAACUAUUGUACUGUACAAUAAACUGUACCGACAGAG